AUGGCGGUUUGGCAGCGGCCGAUGCAACUGAAUCGCCAGGUCAUCGUCUCGGGGGUGGUACUACUAAUCUCGCUGCUGUUUCUUUGCGACCGCGCCGGCGCGUGCGCGGCGGAGGAGAGGGAGGCCCUGCUGUCCUUCCUCGCCGAUCUCUCGCCGCGGCCCGGCGACGGCAUCGCCGCCUCGUGGCGAGGGUCGCCGGACUGCUGCGCCUGGGAGGGCGUGAGCUGCGGCGGCGAUGGCGCGGUCACGCGCGUGUGGCUGCCGCGCCGCGGGCUCGGCGGGACGAUCUCGCCGGCCGUCGCCAACCUCACCGCGCUCACGCACCUCAACCUCUCCGGCAACGGCCUCGACGGGGCGUUCCCGUCGGCGUUGCUAUCGCUGCCCAGUGCCGCCGUCGUCGACGUCAGCUACAACCGCCUCUCCAGCUCGUUGCCGGACUUGCCGCCGCCCGGGGGCGCGGGCGGCCGUGCGCUCCCGCUGCAGGUGCUCGACGUGUCGAGCAACUUCUUGGCGGGGCAGUUCCCGUCCGUGAUCUGGGAGCACACGCCGAGCCUCGUCUCGCUCAACGCUAGCAACAACAGCCUGGAAGGUUUGAUCCCAUCCUUCUGCGUGAGCUGCCCGGCGCUUGCCGUUCUUGACCUCUCCGUGAACGCGUUCGGCGGAGGCAUCCCCCCGGGGUUCGCCAACUGCUCGCAGUUGCGAGUUCUCAACGUCGGCCGCAACAAUCUCACCGGCGAAUUCCCCGACGACAUCUUCGACGUGAAGCCGCUGCAGCGGCUGCUGGUUCCGUCGAACAAGAUUCAAGGGAUGCUCGACCCCGAGCGCAUCGCCAAGCUGAGCAAUCUCGUCGCCCUAGAUCUUGGCUACAAUGCGUUCACCGGAGAGUUGCCGGAGUCCAUCAGCCAGCUGCCGCAGCUGGAGGAGCUCCGGCUCGCGCACAACAACAUGACCGGGACGCUCCCGCCGGCGCUCAGCAACUGGACCGGCCUCCGGUGCCUCGACCUCCGGUCGAACAGCUUUGUCGGGGACCUCGACGCCGUUGACUUCUCCGGCCUCGGCAACCUCUCCGUCUUCGACGUGGCCUCCAACAACUUCACCGGCACCAUGCCGCCGAGCAUCUACUCCUGCACGUCGUUGAAGGCGCUCCGCGUGGGGAACAACCAGAUGAGAGGGCAGGUGGCGCCGGAGAUCGGCGACCUGCACCAGCUCCAGUUCCUGUCGCUGACCAUAAACUCGUUCACCAACAUCAGCGGCAUGUUCUGGAACCUCCGGGGAUGCGAGAACCUCACCGCGCUGCUCGUGUCGUACAACUUCUACGGUGAGGCCCUGCCGGACGCCGGCUGGGUCGGCGACCAUGUCAGGAAUGUCCGGCUGCUGGUGAUGGAGAACUGCGAGCUGACGGGCCAGAUACCGUCGUGGCUGUCGAAGCUGCAGGACCUCAACAUCUUGAAUCUCGCCGAGAACCGCCUCACCGGCCCGAUCCCGAGCUGGAUCGGCAGCAUGAAGAAGCUCUACUACGUGGACCUGUCCGGCAACCAGCUGUCCGGCGAGAUUCCGCCGUCGCUGACGGAGCUGCCGCUGCUGACGUCGGAGCAGGCCAUGGCAGAUUUCAGACCAGGCCACAUGCCACUCACGUUCACCCUGACGCCGAACAACGGCGCGGCGAGCAGGCAGGGCCGCGGGUACUACCAGAUGUCCGGCGUCGCCACGACGCUCAACUUCAGCAACAACUACCUCACCGGCACGAUACCGCGCGAGAUCGGGCAGCUGGUGACGCUGCAGGUGCUUGAUGUCAGCAGCAACUACCUCUCCGGCGGAAUCCCGCCGGAGCUCUGCAACCUCGCCAAGCUGCAGGUUCUGAUCCUUCGCCGAAACAAUUUGACGGGGCCUAUCCCGCAGGCGCUCAACCAGCUCAAUUUCCUGGCCGUAUUCAUCGUCUCGUACAACAACCUCGAGGGGGCGAUCCCGACGGGCGGACAGUUCGACGCGUUCCCGCCGUGGAGCUUCAGGGACAACCCCAAACUCUGCGGCCCGGCUAUCGCCGUCUCAUGUGCCGUACCCCUUGCCGCAGGCGAGUCUUCAUCGUCCAAGCUAGUCAGCAGAAGGGUUCUGGUGGCCAUCGUUCUUGGAGUUUGCUUCGGAGUGGUGGCGCUCGUCGUCUUGCUCGGAUGCGUGGUGAUCGCCGUCAAGAGGGUCAAGUCGAAGGGAUCAGUCAGCGACGGCGGGAAAUUCGCCGACGCAUCGCUGUUCGACUCCAUGACGGAGCUCAACGGCGACGACUCCAAGGAGACGAUCCUGUUCAUGUCGGAGGCCGGCGGCGACGCGGCGAAGAGCAUCACGUUCCUGGACAUCCUCAAGGCGACCAACAACUUCAGCCAGGCGAGCAUCAUCGGGUCCGGCGGCUUCGGGCUCGUGUACCUGGCCGAGCUGGAGGACGGCACGCGGCUCGCCGUGAAGAAGCUCAACGGCGACAUGUGCCUGGUGGAGCGCGAGUUCCGCGCGGAGGUGGAGGCCCUGUCCUCCGCGACGGCGCGGCACGACAAUCUGGUCCCGCUCCAGGGCUUCUGCAUCCGCGGCGGGCUGCGGCUGCUGCUGUACCCGUACAUGGCGAACGGCAGCCUCCACGACUGGCUCCACGACCGCCCCGGCGGCGCCGACGCGCUGCGGUGGCGCGACCGGCUCCGCAUCGCGCGCGGCGCCAGCCGCGGCGUGCUCCACAUCCACGAGCACUGCAUGCCGCGGAUCGUGCACCGGGACAUCAAGUCCAGCAACAUCCUGCUGGACGCGUCCGGCGAGGCCCGCGUGGCGGACUUCGGCCUGGCCAGGCUCAUCCUCCCCGACCGCACCCACGUCACGACGGAGCUGGUGGGCACGCCGGGGUACAUCCCGCCGGAGUACGGGCAGGCGUGGGUGGCGACGCGGCGCGGGGACGUGUACAGCUUCGGCGUCGUGCUGCUGGAGCUGCUCACGGGGAGGCGCCCCGUGGAGGUGCUGCCGACGCAGCGGCAGCGGUGGGAGCUGGUCGGGUGGGUGACGCAGAUGAGGGCGCUGGGGAGGCACGCCGAGGUGCUGGACCACCGGCUGAGGGGCCGCGGCGACGAGGCGCAGAUGCUCUACGUGCUCGACCUCGCCUGCCUGUGCGUCGACGCCGCGCCGUUCAGCCGGCCGGCGAUCCAGGAUGUGGUCAGCUGGCUCGAGAACGUGGACACCAUCGGCGGCAAGUCAUCCGAAGAUGUAAAGAUCUCUGAUAGCCAGAGCUGAAUUUGACAGAUUCUUAGAGACUUCUUCAUCACUUUACAAACUGCUGGAUGCAAUGCAAAUCUUGUGCGAGUUGAUCAGGGAAAUAAAUGGUCUGCCACAUUUCCAUAA